AUGCUUCCUGAGGAAGAACUCGCACGUGUCAGGGAGCACAUUGCCCGCGCGGUCGCGGACCGGCUCGUGGAGGAGACCUCGAUUGAUUGGACGGCCGUCAGGCAGCUCGAUAAGCCUAUCCUCCGCAUUCAGGCCUGUCUCCAAGAUGGCUCGAAACAGCAGGCCAACCAGUCCAUCCCUGGGCCUAUCAUCACCCACCUCAUAGAUAUCUCGGGCAUCGUGGCUCCGAGUCGUGCGACGCCGGAAGCCCCUGAGAUGCUCCAUGGCGGCAGCACCAGUAGCAUCAUUCAGCAGCAAAGGCACAAAGGCAAGCAACAGCCGCCAGCAACAACUCCAUCAGCAGCUAUCGUGCCUGAUGAAGGCCGUAUCACACCGCCCGAGUCAGAGGCAGUCUCCAGCGGUGAUGGCACUCCUGCGUGCACUGACCAAGACGCGGAAACAUCGGCUGGUCGGCAACGAAGGCCACUCGGUGGGCUCAGACCCGCGCGGAGGGAUCAAAGCUCAGUAGACUUGGAACCCGAGCCUACCAGCCAACGGCAGAUAUCCAGCGGCGACAAAUUCCCAAAGCGCCGCAAGCAGCAGCCCACCGGCCACGUCCUACAGCCCUCUACCCUCGACAAGCUGAUCCGUGGAAUCUGGGAGCAAAUCCACGGCAGCCUCAGUCUGGACCCUCAAAACCUACUCGAUCAGGUGCAGCUUAGGCCGUUGGAGUCGGCACCUUUUGACGAGGUGAAUUCCAAGCUGGGCCUGGUGCUGCACCCCGGCGGCCAGGGGAGCAUCGUCCAGGACAGUAUCUACGACAGCAGCCGAUCAUUCAAGCGAAGCAACGUCUUUUGCAGCCAAGUGACUCAGGCGAGUCGUGCCUGUCGCUCUCUGGAAGUCAUUGUCCAGGCCCGUUGGGUUGAGCACUUUGACGCCUACGUAGACAGCCUAGCGGCGAACGACCUUUCUACACCUCGGAGCCGCUUCAACAAGGCAGCGUUGAUGGAGGCGUGCACCGACUUUGGGUGGUCUGAGAAGGAAUUGCGCAACAAGAUGUCAAUCUGGCGUGGUUACAACGAGAUCAAGCAGGCCGGGGGAUGGGCAGCACUUGUCUUUGCAGGCAUGGGUAUUUACAGGUUCUGCAAGUACCGAAUUGGUUUCGAUAAGGACAGCAUGCAGCGACUGCGCAACCUCCGGCCAGCCAUCGAAGUCGCAGCUGAUACGCUGCACCCGAACUGGAGGCAAUUACUAACCGCAAUAGGCGAGUCCUCGAAGCAGAUGUACCGAGGCCAUCCUCACGACUACGUGAUCAGCCUGGACGGAUCGCCUCCCGUGCCUCUUCGGGUAACAUAUUUACAGUGGGACCCUGAUUUCUCUUACCAGCACAUCGAUGAGCCAGUCAUUGACGAGCACGCCUGGGGCUGCGACGACCCGCGCUGGACGCCAAUGAGCACGAACGAGCCGUUGGCGAUGCCCACCUGCGACACCUGCGGCAAGGAGCAGUCUGAUGACCCGAAGCAAAACUCGUGCUUCUGCUUCCCCACCCUCUUUGGCACGGCCAGGCCGCUGCCCGUGCCGGUGCUCAUCUUUCGGACGGCCGAUGGACGCAACAACGGGCUGAUGGCGCUCUGCGCGUUCGAGCGCGGCGCACCAGUCGGCGAGUUCGUCGGCGUCGUGACCAAGGGUCUGUCGGAUGUUGACGUUAUGGAAAGUGCGGUGGCUGCCAGCGCUGCCAAGUACCAGAUAUGGCAGGGCCGGCAGGGCAAUUUCACACGCUUCGUCAACCACAGCUGCAAAGCAAACGCGCAGUACCAGCGCUUCACGUGGCUAGGAACGCAGCGAAUUAUUCUCGUUAGCAAAGGCAUCGAAGCUGGCAGUGAGAUCAGUGUCGACUACAGCGACAAGUACUGGAAGGGCCUGGACAAGAAGUGCCUGUGUGGCGAGAGCUGCUGCCGGUAUCGUCGGGACGGGACAGAUGCACGAGUGGGAUGA